GUCUUGCAUCUUGCCGCAGCGCAAGCCUCUAUUGCAUGAAUAAUUGACGACCUCCUCUCUCCUUCCUACGUGGCCUCCUCCUAUUGGUUCAUUUCAACUCUCCGGGAUUCAUAGCCUACACAAAAGCAUUAAACAAGCCAGAGAAAAACACACACACACAAAAACACACACCGAAGUCACUCUCACUCUCACCAUCUUCUCUCUCCUCUUUCUCUUGCCCCCAAGUCCAGCCUUUCAUUUUUUUUUUUUUUUGGUUUGUGUUUUUUUUUUCACACUCAAAAAAUCCCAAAAUUCCACUCAUUUUCUCGCUCAAUUGACCACCAAGAUCACGGUUUUGGACUAUACAAUGCCUGAUCUUCCGAUCAGUUCCGAAUUCUUGGGCUGAAACUGGAAUUUGACUGAAUUUAGGGGACAAAAAGCUGAUCUUUUUCUAUCAGAAAUGCUCGAAGCAGUAGAAAGUUCAGUGAAUGGGUUUUCACAUUUGCAGAGCUGUGGAGACAGCAGUGAAGAAGAGCUCUCGGUUUUGCCACGUCAUACUAAGGUUGUUGUGACUGGUAACAACAGGACUAAGUCUGUUCUUGUUGGUCUGCAAGGUGUAGUCAAGAAAGCUGUUGGCCUUGGAGGAUGGCACUGGCUGAUAUCAGAUUCACUACUGUCUCUGGUGCAAUCUAUUGUGAAGCUAAAAAUUUCGUUGCCUAGAAGCAUACGUAUGAAUGACUAUGCUACUCGCAGCCACCGCCUCCGGCUCGGUUUUACUUCUACUCUCCUCCACCUCCUAGUGUGCCUCCGGCUUGGUUUUACUUCUACUCUCCUCCACCUCCUAGUCCGCCACACUCGCCUAACCAUCCACGAACUGCAUACUCGCAGCCACCGCCUCCAACUCCGAAGGGCAGAUUGAACAAAUACUAGUAUUUCUUUCCUAGUGUCGCUUCAAUAUUAUAUAACACCAAAUAGAUCUAGAAAAAAAAAAUUUUUUUGGUACAGGCAUGCUACUGAUGAUUAACGUUGAGGAUGCAAUUGAUAAAAUUUGUUCCCCUUCUUUUAUAUUUCUUCUUUCCAUUGCUUUAGGAGGAUUCGAAGGACUAAUGCAUGCAUUGUCAACAAUGCGUGGAAGGAUUAAUUUUUCCUGCACAAUAAAUUUGAUUUAUUUUCACA